AUGCUGGAGAACAGCCCAGUGGGCUUCGACAUGUACACGCAUGUUCUGCUGGGCGCCGGCGGCGGCGGCGGCGGCGGCGCGUUCGAGGCGGAGCGCGGCCGCGGCGGCGGGCGCUGCGAGCCCAUCGAGAUCCCCAUGUGCCAGGGCAUCGGCUACAACCUGACCCGCAUGCCCAACCUGCUGGGCCACGAGCACCAGCGCGAGGCGGCGCUCAAGCUGCACGAGUUCGCGCCGCUGGUGGCCUACGGCUGCCACGGGCACCUGCGCUUCUUCCUGUGCUCGCUCUACGCGCCCAUGUGCACCGACCAGGUCUCCAGCAGCAUCCCCGCCUGCCGGCCCAUGUGCGAGCAGGCGCGCCAGCGCUGCGCCCCCAUCAUGGAGCACUUCCACUUCGGCUGGCCCGAGGCGCUCGACUGCGCCCGCCUGCCCACGCGCAACGACCCGCACGCCCUGUGCAUGGAGGCGCCCGAGAACGCCACCACCGCCGAGCCCCAGAGCGGCGGGCAGGGCAUGCUGCCCGUGGCGCCCCAGCCCGCCCGGCCCGCGGGCCCCGGCCCCGGCAGAGAGCCGGCGGGCAGGCCCGGCAGCCCCGCCACGGCCGCCGCCUCGGGCUGCGAGAACCGCGACAAGUUCCAGUACGUGAGCAAGAGCCUGUCGUGCGCGCCCCGCUGCUCCCCCGGGGUCGACGUCUUCUGGUCCCGGCGCGACAAGGACUUCGCCUUCAUCUGGAUGGCCGUGUGGGCCUCGCUCUGCUUCAUCUCCACCGCCUUCACGGUGCUGACCUUCCUGCUGGAGCCGCAGCGCUUCCAGUACCCGGAGCGGCCCAUCAUCUUCCUCUCCAUGUGCUACAACGUCUACUCGGUGGCCUUCCUCAUCCGCUCGGUGGCGGGCGCCGAGAACAUCGCCUGUGACCGGGAGAACGGCGAGCUCUUCGUCAUCCAGGAGGGCCUGGAGAGCACCGGCUGCACCCUCGUCUUCCUCAUCCUCUACUACUUCGGCAUGGCCAGCUCCCUGUGGUGGGUUGUCCUGACGCUGACCUGGUUCCUCGCAGCGGGGAAGAAGUGGGGCCAUGAAGCCAUCGAGGCCCACAGCAGCUACUUCCACCUGGCUGCCUGGGGCGUCCCGGCCAUGAAGACCAUCAUCAUCCUCACCCUGAGGAAGGUCGCAGGGGACGAGCUGACAGGGCUGUGCUAUGUGGGCAGCAUGGACGGGGCCGCCCUGACGGGCUUCAUCCUGGUCCCGCUGUCAUGCUACCUGGUCGUCGGCACGUCCUUCAUCCUGACGGGCUUCGUGGCGCUUUUCCACAUCCGCAAGGUCAUGAAGACCGGCGGCACCAACACCGAGAAGCUGGAGAAGCUCAUGGUGCGGAUUGGCGUCUUCUCCAUCCUCUACACUGUCCCGGCCACCUGUGUCAUCAUCUGUUACUUCUACGAGCGGCUGAAUGUGGAUUACUGGAGCCUGCGGGCUGCGGAGCAGGGCUGCCUGGCCUUCCCGGGCCGCCGCCGCAGCCUCGACUGCUCCCUGGAUGCCUCGGUGCCCACCGUGGCCAUCUUCAUGCUGAAGAUCUUCAUGUCGCUGGUGGUGGGCAUCACCAGCGGGGUGUGGGUGUGGAGCUCCAAGACCCUGCAGACCUGGCAGGGGCUGUGCAGCAGGAAGUCGGGGCUGAGGACUAGGGGGAAGCCCUGCAGUGGGGUGACCUGUGUUGGCGCUCACUGCCACUACAAGGCCCCCACCGUGAUGCUGCACAUGAGCAAGGCGGACCCCUACCUGGACAACCCAACUCACGUCUGACACAGGGCAGGAACCCGGCAGAGGAGUCCUUCUGCAGCGGCGGCCAGAAACAGAUGUGGGGGGGGGGUUGGGCAACGUGAGGGAAGGGAGAGGCGGUAAUCCGGGGCUCUGGGGGCAACUUUAUCAGGCCUGCGUCCGAGGAUCCCGAAGAGAGCAGGGAGCAGAGCAGCCCGCACCAGAUGCAGCUCCUUUUUCUGGCAUGGUGGAUUGGAUGUCUCUGUUGCCAAAAUCCAGUAACUAUUUUAACAUUUUUCUUUUGGAGGAGAGAGGGAGGGGAUUUGUCCCAAGUUUAUUUAAUUCUGUAAUUUAUUUUUUUAAAGCAAAAUCAUUAGUUGGAAGAAAUGGAAGAAGUGGGGAAAGACCCAAUAAACCUAAGCUGUGUUAUUUCUAC